GCGGGCGGGGCGCGAGCGGGGCGGACCAAUCGCGGCGGGAAGGACCGGCCGCGCCCUCCGGGCCCCGCCCCCGAGCCGGCCUAGGUAGCGGGAGGCCGCUGCACCUGCCCGGUCGUGCAGCGAGAGGCCGCCGUCAGUCGCGGGACGCCAGGAAUAGAAGGCUUCUCGCAGAGACUUGACCAUGGCCACAAACAAUAGCGGAGGCAUCUUCAGCUCAGCCUCGCUGGCUGUGGAGUAUGUGGACUCACUGCUACCCGAGAAUCCACUGCAGGAGCCCUUUAAGAAUGCGUGGGGCUACUUGUUGGAUAACUAUACAAAGUUCCAGAUAGCAACGUGGGGGUCUCUCAUAGUUCACGAAGUCAUCUAUUUCUUGUUCUCUUUACCUGGAUUUUUAUUCCAGUUUAUACCUUUCAUGAAAAAGUACAAAAUUCAAAAGGAUAAACCAGAAACCUUUGAAGGCCAGUGGAAGUGUUUCAAAAAAAUUCUCUUUAAUCAUUUUUUUAUUCAACUGCCUCUGAUUUGUGGAACUUACUAUUUUACAGAGUUUUUCAGUAUUCCUUAUGAUUGGGAAAGAAUGCCAAAAUGGUAUAUGACUUUGGCAAGGUGUUUGGGCUGUGCAAUCAUUGAGGAUACCUGGCACUAUUUCCUGCACAGACUCCUUCACCACAAGAGAAUUUAUAAAUACAUUCACAAAGUCCACCAUGAGUUUCAGGCUCCAUUUGGAUUAGAAGCAGAAUAUGCACAUCCUUUAGAAACCCUGAUUCUUGGGGCCGGAUUUUUCAUUGGCAUUGUGCUUUUGUGUGAUCAUGUAAUUCUUCUCUGGGCAUGGGUGACCAUACGUUUGCUGGAAACUAUCGAUGUCCAUAGCGGAUAUUAUCUUCCCUUCAACCCAUUGAACUUCAUCCCAUUUUAUGCGGGUUCUCGGCACCAUGAUUUCCACCACAUGAACUUCAUUGGGAAUUAUGCCUCCACCUUCACGUGGUGGGAUAAAAUCUUUGGCACAGACGCCCAGUAUCAUGCCUACAAUGAAAAGAUGAAGCAGCUUGAGAAAAAGGCCGAGUGAAUACCCUUCGUACACCCUCCUGGAGACAUGUUUCCUCACCUGGAGCUAGCGACUAACAUUGCUUCUGGGGAGCAGACAUAAGCACCUGACAUGGCUGCUAAGUGAUAAAACGAACAUUAACAAUCUUCAGUUUAUCUUCCAGAUGGGAACUUUCUACUUUCCAUUCAAGUUCUGUAUAUGUAAGAAUAGAUAAAUAUAUAUGUAUAUAUAUAUUUAAGUACAUGAGGAGGUUUUAAAGGCCAUUUUGCUAACCUCACCGAAAGGUUUCAGGUAUCAGAGGAAGUAUUAAUGUACAACUUAAUCUCUUCAUGCCUCUCGGGGCUGAAGUUGACAUUGCCUUUUAAGCCUUUUACAUAUGCUGGUCAGUUAAAAAAAAUUCUCAAGAAUAAUGUUUGCCUUCUUGUGUUUCUAAAUUUACCUUAAAUGGAAAUAUCAUGAAGUGACUGUAUCAGCUGAUGAGCGAGUGACUGAAACCCUACUCUAGAUUGGUGUUGACCUGUUUAGGACUCUUCUUUCUGUGAAGGACUUUUUGAUUGUAGUAACUCUACUGGCAUCUUGUAAAUUGACCCAUUUCUUACAUGAUAUACAUAGAAUAUUAUAGUCUACAGAUUUUCAAAUUCCUUGAGGUGUUUUUUAAAUUGAAGAGCUCCAUUUCCACUCUCCACCCACAAUGGUUUUGUGUGUCAAAUAUUCAUUGGAGUCUGAUCUUGAGCUUUGUGAAUUCACUUCUCGCUCUGCACCUGGAGCUGACGAAAUAAAUGUGACUUUUGUCCGAUUCUCUGGUUUUCAGUUUUGAAGAUUAGCUGUCAUGUUCUAUUCUUAUAAGGAAAAGCACAGAAACCAUUAAAGUGAGUUUUACAAUAAA